GCGCCCUGGGGAGCGGCUGACGGGUCCAUCAUGGCGGCCGCGGCCGCCUCCCCCGCGCUGAAGCGGCUGGACCUGCGCGACCCCGCGGCGCUUUUCGAGACACAUGGAGCAGAGGAGAUUCGCGGGCUGGAGCGCCAGGUUCGGGCCGAGAUUGAGCACAAGAAGGAGGAGCUGCGGCAGAUGGUGGGCGAGCGGUACCGCGACCUGAUCGAGGCGGCCGACACCAUCGGCCAGAUGCGCCGCUGCGCCGAGGGGCUGGUGGACGCCGUGAGGGCCACCGACCAGUACUGCGCCCGCCUCCGCCAGGCCGGCUCGGCCGCGCCCCGGCCGCCGCGGGACCCGCAGCCACAGCAGCCAUCCCAGGAGAAGUUCUACAGCAUGGCUGCCCAGAUCAAGCUACUCUUAGAAAUUCCUGAGAAGAUCUGGAGCUCGAUGGAGGCCUCGCAGUAUCUCCACGCCACCCAGCUCUACCUGCUCUGCUGCCACCUGCACCACCUGCUCCAGCUGGAUUCUUCUAGUUCCCGAUACAGCCCUGUCCUUGCCCGAUUCCCUAUUCUCAUCCGGCAGGUGGCAGCGGCCAGCCACUUCCGGUCCACCAUUCUGCAUGAGAGCAAGAUGCUGCUUAAAUGCCAGGCCGUGUCUGACCAAGCUGUGGCUGAGGCCCUGUGCUCUGCGAUGCUCCUAGAAGAGAGUUCUCCUCGCCAAGCCCUGACAGACUUCCUGUUGGCCAGAAAGGCAGCUAUCCAGAAACUUCUCAACCAGCCACACCACGGUGCUGGUGUCAAGGCUCAGAUUUGCUCAUUAGUGGAGUUGCUGGCCACCACUCUGAACCAGGCUUAUGCUCUUUUCUACACUUUACCAGAAGGUCUGCUGCCUGAUCCGUCCCUGCCCUGUGGCUUGCUCUUCUCAACUCUGGACUCCAUCACAGGCCAGCAUCCUACCGGAAGGGGCACCGGGGUCCUGCAAGAGGAGAUGAGGCUGUGCAGCUGGUUCAAGCACCUGCCCGCGUCCGUCGUCGACUUCCAGCCUGGCCUCCGCACGCUCGCCCACCCCAUCAGCCAGGAGUACCUGAGGGACACGCUGCAGAAGUGGAUCCACGUGUGUAAAGAAGACAUUAAAAUUGGGAUCAGCAACCUGCUUAUAUACGUGACGACCAUGAAAGGGCUCGCAGGGAUCCGAGACGCCAUGUGGGAGCUGCUCACCCACGAGUCCACCAAUCACAGCUGGGACGUGAUAUGUCAGAGGCUUCUGGAGAAGCCACUCUUGUUCUGGGAGGACUUGAUGCAGCCGCUCUUCCUCGACCGAUUACAGACUCUGACAAAAGAAGGCUUUGACUCCAUCUCCAGUAGUUCCAAAGAACUCCUGAUUUCAGCUUUGCAGGAACUUGAAAGCAGCACGAGCAGCUCCACUUCCAAUAAGCACAUCCACUUUGAGCACAACAUGUCCCUCUUCCUCUGGUCCGAGAGCCCCAGCGACCUGCCUUCCGAUGCUGCCUGGGUCAGUGUGUCAAACCGGACCCGGUUCCCCGGCAGCGGGCUCUCCAUGAAAGCCCAAGCCGUCAGCCCCUGUGCACAGACCUUCUGUGCUGCUCUGGAUUCUAAGCUGAAGGUGAAACUGGACGACCUCCUGGCUUACCUUCCCUCUGGGGACCCGUCACUGCCGAAGGACGCCUCCCCUACGCAAGCCAAGAACUGUGCCUUUGACAGAUACGCAGAUGCGGGGACCGUGCAGGAGAUGCUGCGGACUCACUCCACGGCCUGCAUCAAGCACAUCACGGACUGUGUCUGGGCGGAGCUGCAGAGCAUCGAACAGGCUGUGCAAGGGCAGCAGGAUGUGCUCAGCGGGGUCAAGCUGCAUGCGGUCCUUUUCAUGGCCAGACUCUGCCAGUCACUGGGAGACCUGUGUCCCCACCUGAAGCAGUGCAUCUUGGGAAAAUCAGGGAGCACUGAGAAACCAGCAAGGGAUUCUAGGGCUCUGAAAAAACAGGGAAAGGGGAAAACUCAAGAAAUACUUCCUACGCAGGCCAAGUGGCAGGAAGUUAAGGAACUCCUCCUGCAGCAGAGCGUGAUGGGCUACCGGGUCUGGAGCUCAGCCGUCGUCAAAGUUUUGGCUCAUGGAUUCGCCCAGUCGUUACUUUUAGACGAUGCUGGCUCAGUCCUGGCCACGGCCACCAGUUGGGAUGAACUAGAAAUUCAGGAGGAAGCAGAGUCUGGGAGCAGUGUCACGUCUAAGAUCCGGCUCCCUAUACAGCCGUCCUGGUACGUCCAGUCCUUCCUGUUUAGCUUAUGCCAGGAAAUUAAUCGGGUUGGAGGCCAUGCCUUGCCAAAGGUGACACUGCAGGAGAUGCUGAAAAGCUGCCUGGCUCAAGUAGUAGCUGCCUAUGAGAAACUCUCGGAAGAAAAACAGAUGAAGAAAGAAGGUGCGUUUCCAAUGACCCAGAAUCGGGCCCUGCAGCUGCUUUAUGAUCUGCGUUAUCUCAACAUCAUUCUGACAACCAAGGGUGAAGAGACGAAAAGUGGCCGCAGCAAACAGGACUCCAGAGGCGAGAAAGUGGCUGACUACCUGGAAGCCCUCAUUGACCCCUUUGACCUGGACGUAUUCACACCCCACCUCAACAGCAACCUCAACCGCCUGGUGCAGAGAACUUCCGUUCUGUUUGGCCUGGUGACUGGUAUGGAGAAUCAGUUCACCCCCAGGAGCAGUACGUUCAACUCACAGGAAGCCCAUAACAUCCUGCCACUGGCAUCAAGUCAGAUCAGGUUUGGACUUCUUCCACUGAGCAUGACAAGCACUCGAAAGGCCAAAUCAACCAGCAGAAGCAUUGAAACAAAAGCCCAGGUUGUCCCCCCGGCACUCUCCCGAGCAGAUGACCCGGCGCAUCCUGGCUCCUUGUUCAGACAGCUUGUCACUGAGGAAGAAGACUCGUCUACGCCUUCGUUAUUCAAACUUGGGUGGCUCUCUAGUAUGACUAAAUGACACGGGAACAGAACGAUCCAUCUCUGCAAAUAAAUACUGCAUUAUUUCUUCUA